GUUUGUGCUGCUGGCAGAAUACUAGUUCAUCUCGGACCAGACUUUGUAGUGGGGACAAUCGUAACCGUCUUGAUUUGGGAUAUUUCCGUUUUUAUUUUGUUUUUACAAGGAAUUGCUUUAUCCUAUUAUUCGUUUCGAUUAUUAUCAAAAAUCUCAAGGAUGGGCUGCUCCGGUUUCACCUGCUCCAAGCACUCCCUCUGUGCGCUCAAUAUCCUCUAUGUUAUGGUGAGUCUGCUGAUGAUCGGCAUCGCUGCGUGGGGGAAGUGGUUCGGCCUGGUGUCUAGCUUCCAGGUGGUGGGCGGAGUCAUUGGAGUGGGCGUGUUCCUGUUCUUCGUGGCAUUGGUCGGCCUCAUCGGGGCCAUUAAGCACCACCAGGUCCUACUCUUCUUCUAUAUGAUCAUCCUCUUCAUGGUGUUCAUCGUCCAGUUCUCUGUCUCCAGCGCCUGUCUAGCCAUCAACAAGGAUCAGCAGGAACACCUGUUGGAGGUGGGAUGGAACAACUCUCAUACCACCCAGAGAGAUGUAGAGAAGAGUCUCAACUGCUGUGGCUUCUACCACGUAGACAACAACGGGACCUGUGAUGCUGCCUGUUUCCCCAACCACUCCUGUUCACCGUGUGCUGAGCAGAUCCAGGCGCAUGCAGGAGAGGUGUUGCGCUUCGUGGGCGGGAUAGGCCUCUUCUUCAGCUUCACUGAGAUCCUGGGGGUAUGGCUAACGUAUCAAUACAGGAACCAGAAGGACCCUCGAGCCAAUCCCAGCGCCUUCCUGUAACCGCUGGCAACUGCUGGCUCUGUGCCCCGCCCCCCUCACCCCACACCCUGGGAGUGGCCAACCCUCCUCCUGGUGAGCUACUGGAUGUGCAGGCUUUUGCUCCAGCCCUACUCUAACUGUAACACUAACACAUCUGAUUCUAAACAAAUUAGCUGCUCAUCGGGACCAUUUUCAGCUGAAUUGGUUGUAUUAGUUAAAGCAGGGCCGGAGCAAAAGCUGCAUACCAAGUAGCUCUCCAGGUGGCUGCCUGUUUUAGGGGCUGUGUUUGUAAAUAAGCGAGUGACUUGUGUGUGUUUUCACCAGCUGAGCGAAGCAGCAGGCCUUUGUGUGGUGUUUCAUGAAGGUGUGUGUCUGGAAAAUAACUGGGUCAUGUUCAUUAGGGCACCAAACGGGAGAAAACUGACUGAGACAGGAGGAACUACAUUUACCUUUACAUUUUCCGUUGCAAAAUGUUUUCCAUUGUGUGCCCUAAUGAACAUGAUCCGGCUGUAUAUUAAAAUGCUGCAUGAACCUAUUACCCUAAUAGGACACCUGAGACCACUCCCAAUCACAAUCAUAUCCUGUAUUUAACCUCUCAUACAUAUAUGGCUCUGCUUCCGAUUACAAAUCUCCUCUUGGAAUCAACGUUUUCAAAGAAUACAUUUGAUAUUUGAUACAAGCGUUCACUAUGCUCAGACCUGUAUUAGAGCAUGUGAACUGUGAUGUUGUGACUACUGAAUCACUCCUGUAUUACAGACCAUGACUGACAUAAUGAAGAACAGUUUGUAUUAUUUUGAGCACAUGGUGACUGAAGAUAUCAUUGAAUAUUUGUACAUUUGAUUUUAACACUCAAUAACUGAAGGACUAUAGCGUGCUGUUGACAAUUGUAUGCUGAUACUACAUACCUACAACUAUUUAAGCAGCUUGUUGUUGCCUUUACUUUAAGUCAUUAUGCUACACAGUAUUACAUUUGUUUUGUGCUCUGUAUAUAUAUUUCUGUGUAAACAUUCCUAAUUAUUAGAAAUCUGCUAAACAAAAUGCAUUAAUGUUAGAGUCAAUUGCUUAUGCUGUCUGAAUAUCAACACUAUGAAAUGCUGGGGAAGACUGACCUGAAAGAAAAUAUGAUCUGCUUUGUUCUGCUGAUAGUGUUACAAAGCCUGGCAGUCCAUUGUGUGUGUGUGCUGCUGCAUCAUGUCUCUGCUAGUGUGUGCUACUGCUACUGAUGGUUCUGUGAACUAGGUACCUGUGCCUUUGUACAAGAAAUCACAAUAAAAUAGAUAUUUUAGAUCUAUUUCAUA